GAGAGUGAUCAUCCGAGAAACAAGUCUCGAGGCUUCUGAAUACAUUGCCGAUUAUAUCAUCAGUGCGUCCCCACCGUCUGCAAUCUCAAAUAACACUGCUCUUUUUCAUAUUCCCCCAUACCAGCGGUUAGACGGACUCUGGUGCUUAACAUACUUCCUUACAAUGAUCUUUUCCAUCUGUCAGGUCGCAUCAAGUCAUUCAAGCCGACUGAAGACCAGCCCUUCGUUCUUGGUCUCCCGACCGGUAGCAGCCCCGAAAUCAUCUAUAGGACUCUGGUACGUCGACACAGAAACGGCGAAAUCUCAUUCAAAAAUGUCGUGACAUUCAAUAUGGUAUGUAGAACCCUUCUCCAAGAAGGACUUGUUGGUAAAUGCGUAGCACGCUGAUUUGAAAAGGAUGAGUAUGUUGGGUUGCCUCGCGAUCAUCCCGAAUCAUAUCACAGCUUUAUGUAUAAGCACUUCUUCUCCCAUGUGGAUAUUCCACCUCAGAAUAUCAACAUCCUGGACGGGAAUGCCCACGACCUUGCAGCAGAGUGUGCAUCGUUCGAGGCACGGAUUGCUCGCUACGGUGGCAUCGAGCUAUUCCUAGGUGGCGUGGGGCCAGACGGGCAUAUUGCAUUCAACGAGCCAGGUUCCUCUUUGAGCAGUCACACCCGUGUGAAAACCUUGGCAUAUGACACAAUCCUGGCCAACUCACGGUUCUUCGGAAAUGAAGUGAGUCAGGUACCACGAAGGGCGCUUACCGUUGGGAUUCAGACUAUUAUGGAUGCCCGCGAAGUAGUCAUCGUGGCUACAGGUGCUCACAAGGCUCUCGCCGUGGAAAAGGGUCUUGAAGGUGGCAUAAACCACAUGUGGACGCUUUCAGCACUGCAGCUGCAUCCGUACGCAUUGAUUGUUUGUGACCGGGACGCAACCUUGGAGCUCAAGGUCAAAACAGUCCGAUAUUUUGAGUCGAUCGAACAAUCUGGCACGGAUGCACGAACUCAAGGCCCGCCUCUUCUCUACCGCCCCAAGACUUACGUUCCUGCUCCAGUCGGAAUUGGAAAAAUUCAGCCGUCUCAGCUUACCCCCCAAACUACCCCUCAGAAAAUACCCAAGGACCUCAGAAUUAACACGGAGCUGAACCAGUCGAUGGAGGAUGACGAAUUAACCCCUGAUAGCAUGUCGUCGCGGAUGGUAGACUCGGCGAUUGGUGGGCUGGACUCGACUUUGAAGGGGGAUUUGUUUUUCGAUCCUAUGGGGGCGCGGGUCGUAUCACAUUGAUCUGGAUCGAUAUGGGAUCAGCUCCUAUCUAUACGGGGGUCCCUGACGUUGCUGCAUGGACGAAAUAGCCGAUUCACUUUUGAUUUGCUGCCAAAGGGAACGUGGGAUGGGAUGAUUUGCUUGAAGAUUCGUUGGCUUUUGGCUACCAGGUCGUGAAUCCUUUAUAUUUCGACUCUUUCCCCCCUCUGAUACUCAUGGACUAUUUUUGCUAUGCAUGUGUUUGAGGAUCAUAGAUGGCAUGAUAUGGUGUUCGUUGCUGAAAAAGAAACAGAGUGGCCGUGAGUUUAAGAAUAAUAAAUAGACCGACGAUAGUCCGUUGGAUUUUCCCCCUGUGUGGGCUGUCGUAUCUUUAUAUUUUAUGCCGAUAAGAAGUAAAUAUUCUGUG